AAAAAGAAAUCCCAGAACGGAAUGUGGAAUAGGAGUCCCAUUGCUUUCCUCCUCGUUUCUAUUCAUCAAACAACGGAAUACAUAUUCCCUGUUGAAUUGAUUCAAGCGUUCAGUGACUGUUAUGUUUAGAACGAAUAGUCCCUAUCGCCGCCCUUCUACGCGUCUGGACCAAUGAAAUACUCCUCCCUCCAGCAACCAGACGGCGGCGCCGCCUCUCCACCACCGCCACGAGGCAGUCUACUCUUUCCCUCUCCACGGAAACCUCAAAAUCCGGCAAAACUCCAAUAGUACGCCCCAUACCCCACGAUAGCGGACGCCUAACCCAUCCGUCGGGACAUCUAUGUGCAGGACGAAAAUGGCGGUGGACGCCAUGGAACCGAAGCCCUCGAGAACCGCGAGACCGUCAUCCUCGAGAAAUUCGAAAUCUUCGUCCGUGCGAAGCAAUUUCACGAGCAUCAACUUCGCCGGUUACAAUUCCAGUCAGAACAAUUACUCCUCAAACUCUUCCCUCUCAACGCAGCCCUCUCUCUCCCGCCUCAAAGACCAGCUCCUGCCGGAAAACCCCAACAUCUACCACUUCUCCGAGAUCCGCGCCGCCACCGACGGCCUCUCCGCCCGACGGUUCUCCUCCUCCAGCUCAUCCUCCUCGUGGCGCUGCACGCUGCGCGGCCGAGACGUUGUCGUCUUCCAGAGGAAGCUCAAGCGCGAGAUGGACACUCCACAGCUCAGCGAACGCCUCUCUCUGAUCUGUAAGAUUCACCAUGCGAGCAUAAUCAAGCUCCUCGGUGCUUCCAUUUCGGGGAGCUGUAUUUAUCUCGUGUACGAGUACGUUAAAGGUGCGAGCCUCGGCGAGUGCCUGAGGACCAGCGUAAACCCCAGUUUCACCGUGCUGUCUAAUUGGCUCUCUAGGAUGAAGAUCGCCUCCGAUAUAGCUAACGGACUCGAUUACAUCCACAACUGCACGGGGAGAAACUCGGGUUUCGUCCAUAAUCACAUAAAGAGCUCCAGCAUCGUGAUCAUGGAGGAUUCCUUGAAUGCUCAAAUCUGCCACUUUGGGACAGCUGAAUUGUGUGGGGAGGCAGUGGAAGAGGAGAACCUUGAGUCGAAGGAUUCUGGAGAUGAUAGGAAGUUCCGAAGAACAGGUAGCAAGGCAAUGAAGUUAGAGGGGACUCGAGGUUACAUGUCACCUGAGUUUGUGUCGACUGGUGUUGCUACUCGGCGGUCUGAUGUGUAUGCAUUCGGGGUUGUGAUCUUGGAGCUGCUGAGCGGAGAGGAGGCGCUGAAGUAUGUGUUUGAUGAUGGGCGUCAGAAGAGAGUGAGUGUCAUAGAGAGAGCGAGAGAAGCGGUUAAUGGAGGUGAUGUGAGGAGGUGGAUUGAUAAGAGGUUGAAGGAUUCGUACCCUGUGGAUGUUGCUGAGAAGAUGGUGAAUUUGGCGCUCGACUGCGUGGAGGAUGAUCCUCGUAGAAGGCCGGACAUGGAAAGGGCUGCUCUUUUGAUCCGGAAGUCGUUUAUGGAUUCUGAGGUGUGGGUGAAGAGUUUUGCAAUGCCCGUGGGUAUUUCCAUCUCAAUGGGACCUCGGUGAAUCGACUCUGAGAUCUUUUGAUAUUAUCUGGCCCAUGACUGACUGAGAGCGCUAAAGCACGAGUCUGGAAUUGCCAAUCAUUUCAAUGGCACCUCGACAAGGUCUUAUUUGAGAUCCUAUCUAACGGAUUACUGACAGUGAUAUCUCCGGGACUGAAAGCUCCAAGGCGUGAAGGAAUUCAGUAGAUAUAUGAAGUACAGGUAAAGAAGUCCGAUAUUUGAUCAUGUAAGCUUGUUUGAGACUUUGAACAUGUAGACAUUCAGGCUUGUGCAGCAUUUACUCUGAGAAUGCAGUUCUUCUAACCAAAAAGGCGACGUGACUGACGAAAAUGGUAUAUAGUUGCCAUGGAGGUUAUGUGCAUUUUUUUUCUGCUACCCGGAGUGGUUUGGUCGUAGACAACGUUGUUGAAUUUUAAGCUUAUUCGUGAUAGAAACAUUCGGACAAAUGCUGGCUUUUGUAUAUUUCAGCACUGUAAAGAUAGAUAUAUAUAUAUUUGAAAGGGCCUUAUCACACUUUGUUUAAUUGUGAUUAAAAGUUGCUCGGA